AUGUCAUCCCAUCCCCCCCGCCAGGAUCGCCAUCGACGAAUCCUGCCGACACCUUCUGAAGGACCACUGCUCACGACGAGGACAUCGGCCUCAAGCUCGGAACUACCAACAACGAGACGGCCCCCGCGUCGUCAAGCCCCGGCGGCCUGCCAGGAAUGUCGCAAGCAAAAGACAAAGUGUUCCGCCCACAGGCCGCAGUGCCUGCGCUGCCAGCGCCUCAGCAAGGAGUGCGUCUACGACACGGCGCAGCUCGAGACGCCGCGGCAGUCGCUGCGGCGCAGGCACGGCGAGCUUGAGCUGCGCAACUCCAACCUCGAGCACCUCUUUGGCUUCCUGCGCGAUGCGCCCGAGGCCGACGUCGCCGGCGUGCUGCGCCGGCUCAGGGAGGGCGCCGACCUCGACACGCUCGGCGCGCACAUUCGCGACGGCGACCUGCUGCUGCAGAUGGCUGUGCGGCCGGACCUCGUGUACACGUACACGUUUCCGUACGCGAAGCACAUGCCGGCGGCGCUCGCGCAGGACGCCUCCAUCCCCUACACCAAGUCGCUGCUCUACCAGAACACGGUGGGCCUCCUGGCGCGCCCGCAGGACGCGCGGCUCGGCGACCAGGACUGGCAUCGGGUGUACCGCAUCCCGUUCCACGCCGUCGAGCUCGUCGACCGGCGCGUCGAGACCAUCCGGGGAUCCACGUGGACGUCCAUCGCCGUCGCCGACAGCGUCGUGCGGCGGCUGAUGGGCGUGUACUUUAUCCUGCAGCACCCCUUCUACACCUUCUUCGACAAGGACAUCUUCCUCGAGGACCUCGUCUCGGAGCGGCACAGGUUCUGUUCGCCGCUGCUCUUCAACGCCGUCAUGGCCGAAGCUUGCCACGGCUACAGCGCCAUCUCGGAUCGAUACCGGUUUUGGGACCCGCAGAAGCUCACGUACCAGUUCUUGGCCGAGGCGAGGAGGCUGUGGGAGAUCGAGAUGCAGUCGGGGGAGGACACGAUUACCACUGUCCAGGCUGCCAUGAUCAUGUGCGCCGGGUACUCGACCACGGGCCUGGACCAGCUCGGCACGGAGUAUCUACGGCAGGGGGCGCGGAUGGCUGAGAGACUGCAGAUUUUUGGAUCUCUGGACCACGUUCGGAAUCCGCUGCGACGCAGGGUGUACGGCAUGACGGCAUGGGCUCUCUUUGGCUAUCAGGGCAUGUUCGCCUUCCACAUGUGGCAGCCGCCCGUCCUCACGACGCCCCCGGCGGUGCCGCUGGCCGACAUCGAGGCCUACAAUGGCGAGUACGGUGAGAUCUGGGUCAGGUAUCCGUCGGCGCAGAUGCCGACGUCGGUGCAGUCUGGCGAGACGUUCAUCAUAUUCAGCCAGCUUCGAAUCAUCAUGGCGCAGAUUGCCGACCUGGCGGCGCGCAAGAGGGCGCAGGGGACCAAGCUGACGGCCGACGAUGCCGCCGUCUUCAGGACGAGACUGGUCGCGUGGUUCAACAGCCUGCCGGCCUUUCUGUCGCCGGACUACAUCGCGCUGCCGGCCCAUCUCAAGAUACAUAUGCAGUACCACAACGUCAUGCUCUCGCUGUUCGACUCGUUCGCCGACCAGGGCAGCGGGUCGCCAGUGGCGGCAUACCGCGAGAUCUGCGCGCACUCGCGGCAGUGCCUCGACGUGCUGGUGCGGCUGUACUACCUCCGGCACGGGUUCGAGAGCUGGAACGACUCGCUGCUGACGUGGCUCCUCUACCUGGCGCAGCUGUGCAUCCGCGACCUCGCGCGCGCCGACGACCCGCUCGCCGACGAGGCCACCGUGUCGACGCUCAUGCUGUGCGCCAAGGGCCUGCAGGACCAGGGCCGCAGCCUGUACAUCGCGCGCGUCUUCUUCCACAUUCUGCGCCGCGAGAUGCCCCCGGCCGUCGCCGAGGUGCUCGACCGCGACGUCACGGACAUGGCGGACGACCGGUCCAACACGGGCACGGGCGCGCAUCACCUGCGGGCUAGCUGGCCGGUGCAGACCAUUUCCAUCUCGGACGAGCCGGACCGGUUGCUCGAGAGGCUGAGUUUGGAGGACCGCAGGACGGAGGAGCCGGAGGACCAGUCGGAGGCGGCUGCGACGAGCUCGGACUAUGAGUCUACGAUGGAGCUGGGGUCGGAGCCAAGCGUUGGUUUGCCAGCAGGGACGUGA